CAGUUUACUAGUCGCAAGUCUGAACGUUUGGCGUUCGGGUUCACGCACAACUUGUGCACUUGGCAUUGCAAUACGUUUUAACGGCCAUCGUCGGGAGUAUUAUCGUUGAUCUUAUUAUUUUCCUCCUAAAUAAAAUACACGAAACAAAUACAUUGUCGUACAUCGAGUUUGCCUCGCAUAUCCAGUUUUGAAGGUAGAAUUAAACAUUUUUGUCGAAUGACGGUUUCGCAGGUGUCCCGAGACCCAAAACUAAAUUAAUCUUCAAAUCGUUAGAUAUAGCUGAAGAAAGAUAAUAUAGUUUUCAUCGUAGACAAGACACGACAUCAGUCUCCACAGUGGCCGGUGAGUAAUUAUCAAAUGAAAGAGGAAAUAAAAACGAAUAACAAAAGAAGCAUCCAAAUGAAAUAACAUUUAAUGAGUUCAAGAAAAGCGAAUAGAGCAUACCAACCGUACCAACAUCGCGGUGAUAGCAGUGACGGGGAAUGUGACGAAGACACUGCAGAGUAUCAACCAGGCCACAGCCUACCACACAAUCAACAGCAGUCUCAUCACCAUCAUUCAUACCACAGAAGUCAUCGUAGAAGACCAAACAACCACACUUACCAGCAACCUGGUUCUCUGCUGACUACUGACACAAGUGGUACAUCCGGAAAUUGUUCGGACGCUACACUUACUGAUUCUGAGUUGGCAUUCGCUAGAGACGCUACCCUUCAGUUACACGACGGUUACAGUGAUUCUUUGAGAAAUCCACCUGAUGUACCACCGAGAAAUCCUGGUACGAUGAGCAGGUUGAAUGGUCGGCUAAAGGGUUCCGGUUCGGGAUCCAAUGCCGGCACAAUGGUACAUUUAUCGAGUGAUCAUCAACAUCCGAUGGACUUGGACUUUGAACCAUCUAAUUGCGUCGUAAGGACGGCGUCAGGAUCUGUUUACAUACAGCCAGAUAUGACAAAAAGUGUAUUGGACUAUAAAAAUACGUCUUCUUGCAGUAGUCCAUCUAAGACUGAUAUACAUAAGUCAACUGAGAGGUGCUCCUUAGGAUAUGGUAUAGGAAUGCCAGUACUUCCGGUUAGGAAUAAUCUUAGGCGACCGACAUCAUCACAUCAUUUUUCAUCUGCAUCCCGAUUUCAAUUCCAAAAAGGAUUUGCAUCACGGUGUUCGUGGAAGUGUACGUCCAUUGUUUUAAUUAUAGUUUGCCUACUAAUGGCAGUGGCUCUAACUUAUAUAACAACAUCAAAUAUGUUACGACUGUCAUACCAGGGUUCAACAUCUUGUUCUGUAUUUGUCGAUGAAAAUGGAAGUGAUUCUAUAACUGUACCGAAACAAUUGAACAAUAGCAAAUCGACUGAUAAUACAGGUAGGUGGCGAUCUAAUCAAUUAUAUCAUUCUCGUAAUAAACGCAGUUUGCAUGAUAAUAAUGAUGAUGGUGGUUCUAACGAGAAUAACAGUGCUGUUAGUAGUGAUUUUAUUGGUGAUGGCUUAGCAGUAGUAGAUAAUAAUUAUGACCAUAUGCUUGGUGCACGGCCUAAUAAUGCUCUCCCUAAACAAAUGUAUGACGUUCUCGCUGCUAAAGGUAGAAGAAUUAAUAGAAACCAACGACGUCCUUUACUGCCUCGACAUCGAAAAAGACAAAUUGCCGACGUCAUAGUUUAUCGAAAGGAACCUGAUGUACAAAAUUUAGAAGAUUCAGAGCAAUCUAUUGUAGAUAUUGUACCACUAGAUCUUGAACAUCGAAUUCGAGUUAACUUAACAAUUGCUUCUGAUGAUCCAUCCAGGAGCCCUGUAUACUCGGUGUCUUUAUCAUUACCAGGAGGUAAUCAUGAGCUUGAUCAAAAUGAAUACUUAUCAGCUAAUAAAGCGCUAUCUGAAACUAAUACUCUACUACCUCAGCCAUUGAAUAAAGCAACUGGUUCUGAAUGUGAGUGUGUUUGUCCUUGUAUGGAUAAGGAAGACGACGGAUAUAGUAGUGUCACAAUAGCUACUUCUUCCUCUCCGUCUUUGUUCAGUGAUACUAUUUGGAUUAACGAUACCUUAUCUUGGACUACAUGGUCAACUACAGAAGCAUCAAUAUCUACAGAAAAAACUGAUGAUACUGUGUCUUGUUCUCCUCCAAUUUUGCUUUUUUGCGAUCCAGGGUCAAAAUUAUUCCCCGUUAGGACUUCUCCACCAGAUGGUACUACAUUUGCUCAGAUUGCUUUAGGAGAAAAAUCUGAAGGUGAAAUAUCACCCUACGGCUACUGGAAUGUGCAAUUUUAUCAUCCACGAGCUGCAUAUGUUAGAUUUGAAUACAAUUUCCCUAGGGGUGCUAGUAUUGCAGUAUAUGGACGUCGAAAUGCGUUGCCUACUCAUACACAAUAUGAAAUUUUAGAAGUUCUCAAUGGAUUUAAAUCUCGUCAAGCUAGAUCCACACAUCCAAGCAUAAAAAAAGAAGUGACUCAUUAUCUGGAGCCUGGUCAUUGGUUUUUGUCAAUGUACAAUGAUGAUGGUGAUCUAACUAUGGUCACUUUCUCAGCUGUUGUAUCGCAAGAUAUGACUUUGAGUUGCCCAAAUGGGUGUAGUGGAAAAGGCGAAUGCUUACUUGGUCAUUGUCAAUGUAAUCCUGGGUUUGGUGGAGAUGACUGUAGUGACAGUGUAUGUCCAGUAUUGUGUAGUCAAAGAGGUGAAUACAUAAAUGGAGAAUGUCAGUGUAAUCCAGGUUGGAAAGGAAAAGAAUGUAACAUGAGGCAUGAUGAAUGUGAAAUGCCUGAUUGCAAUGGUCAUGGUUAUUGCACAAAUGGGAAAUGCAUGUGUGCUCUAGGCUUUAAAGGAAAAUUUUGUUCAGAAAUUGAUUGUCCGAAUCCCAACUGCAGCGGACAUGGUGUUUGUGUAGAGGGAACCUGCAUCUGUAAAAAAGGCUGGAAAGGUGUAAACUGCGAUGAAAUGGAUAAAGAUGCAAUCCAAUGUUUACCUGAUUGUUCUGGUCAUGGUACUUUUAACUUGGAAUCACAAGCAUGUCAGUGUGAACCUUUAUGGUCAGGCGAUGAUUGCUCUAAAGAAAUUUGUGAUUUGGAUUGUGGAGUUCAUGGCCAUUGUGUUGGUGAAACUUGCGCUUGCGAUGUUGGUUGGUCUGGACAGUACUGCAACAUGAAAUUAUGCGAUAGUCGUUGUAAUGAACAUGGUCAAUGUAAAAAUGGUACAUGUUUAUGUGUAACUGGCUGGAAUGGAAAACAUUGUACAUUGGAAGGAUGUCCAAAUGGAUGUUCUGGACAUGGUCAAUGUCGAGUUAACGGUGAUAAUGUAUGGCAAUGUAAGUGCAUGGAUGGGUGGGAUGGAUUAGACUGUAAUACUCAGUUGGAACGUGAUUGUAAUGAUAAUAUUGAUAAUGACAAAGAUGGUCUUAUGGAUUGUGAGGAUCCUGAAUGUUGUUUAAAUCAUAUGUGUCGCAGCAGUCAGCAUUGCGUUUCUUCUCCGAAACCUAUCGAUAUACUUUUACGCAAACAACCACCAGCCAUAACAGCGUCGUUCUUUGAACGUACUAAAUUCCUUAUCGAGGAAGGUAGUCUUCAAAACUAUGCUCGAUCAGACAAUUUCAACGAAAGCGUUUUCUGGAGCCACUUCAAUACGAGCCGAUCUGCAGUUAUCCGUGGACGAGUUGUUACUUCUACUGGAAUGGGACUAAUGGGUGUACGAGUAAGCACAAAUAUUGCACCUGAAGGCUUCACACUCACUCGAGAAGAUGGGUGGUUUGAUUUAUUAGUAAAUGGAGGUGGAGCUGUAACUUUACAGUUUGGAAGAAGUCCCUUUAAAGCACAAAGUCAAAUUGUCAAUGUUCCUUGGAAUGAAAUUGUCAUCAUUGAGACAAUUACAAUGACUUUAAGUGAUGAUAAGGGAAUCCAAUCUGGUGGACAACCAUGUAAAGCACAUGACUACGAUCAAAUGAAACCUGUAGUACUAGCAUCGUGGAAACAUGGAUUUCAAGGGUCUUGGUCAGAUAAAAGUGCCGUAUUAGCAGAGUCUCAGGUAGUACAAGAAAGUUUCCAGAUUCCCGGGACAGGAUUGAAUCUAGUUUAUCAUAGUUCUCGAUCAGCAGGUUAUUUGUCUACUAUUCAGCUACAAUUAACGCCAGAAAUUAUUCCACACACUUUAAAACUUAUUCAUUUGAGAAUAACUAUUGAAGGAAUAUUAUUUGAAAAAACAUUUGAAGCAGAUCCAGUGAUUAAAUAUACAUAUGCUUGGAAUAGAUUAAAUGUGUACAGACAAAAUGUCUAUGGAGUGACAACGGCUUCAGUAAAAGUUGGUUAUGAAUAUACGGAUUGUAAAAACAUUGUGUGGGACGUACAAACUACUAAGCUUAGUGGAAAUGAUAUGAGUAUAUCAGAAGUUGGCUCUUGGAACUUGGAUAUACAUCAUCGUUAUAACUUCCAUGAAGGAAUAUUACAAAAAGGCGAUGGAUCAAACAUUUAUCUCAAACAAAAACCAAGAAUUAUUAUGACAUCUAUGGGUGAUGGGCAUCAAAGACCUCUCGAAUGUACAGAUUGUGACGGUGAUAGUGGACUCAAACAACGUUUAUUAGCGCCAGUAGCUGUUGCAGCAGCUCCUGAUGGCUCUAUUUAUGUUGGUGAUUUUAACUUAAUACGAAGAAUCAUGACAGAUGGAACUGUUAAGACUGUAGUCCGAUUAAAUGUCACUAGAGUAUCUUACCGCUAUCAUAUAGCUGUUAGUCCAUUAGAUGGAUCUUUGUAUAUUUCUGACCCAGAAAGUCAUCAAAUUCUGAAGGUUAAAAAUCCAAAUAACUUUUCUAAUCCUGAUAAUAACUGGGAACCAGCAGUUGGGUCUGGUGAAAGAUGUCUUCCCGGUGAUGAAGCGCAUUGUGGUGAUGGUGCUCUGGCAAGAGAUGCUAAACUAGCUUAUCCAAAAGGUGUUGCAAUAUCUUCUGAUAAUAUUCUAUAUUUUGCUGAUGGCACCAAUAUACGAAUGGUUGAUAAAGAUGGCUUGGUAUCCACUAUAAUUGGCAAUCAUAUGCAUAAAUCUCAUUGGAAGCCUAUACCAUGUGAAGGAACUUUAAACACCGGUGAAGUACAUUUAAGAUGGCCAACGGACUUGAGUAUUAAUCCUUUAGAUAAUACUCUACAUAUAAUCGAUGAUCAUAUGGUAAUGAAAUUGACUACUGAUAAUCGAUUAAAAGUUAUCGCUGGUAGACCCAUUCAUUGUCCACCGAUCGGGCGAACUGGGAUAAAUACCGAUCAAGAAUUAGCUAUACAAACAGCAUUAGUAAUGCCACAAAGUAUAGCAUUCGCUCCAAAUGGUAAUUUGUUCGUUGCAGAGUCAGACUCUCAAAGAACUAAUAGGAUUCGAGUUAUCAGCACUGAAGGAAAAAUUGCUCGUUUUGCUGGUGCCGAAUCUAAAUGUAACUGUUUGGACCGUGGAUGUGAUUGUUUUGAAGAAGAUCAUUUUCUAGCUGCAACUGCAAAAUUCAAUACGAUUUCUUCGAUUACUGUGUCACCUGAUGGAGUUGUACAUGUGGCUGAUCAAGCUAAUUAUAGAAUAAGAUCUAUCAUGUCACGAUCUCCUGAAGCAACACCAACUCGAGAAUACGAAGUAUAUUCACCAACUACUCAAGAGCUAUAUGUAUUUAACCGUUUUGGUCAACAUAUAGCAACACGAAAUAUUCUCACUGGCGAAACUAGUUACCAAUUUACGUAUAAUCAAUUUACUAGUAGUGGAAAACUUAGUUCAGUAACUGAUGCAGCUGGAAACAAAGUAUUUUUAUUAAGAGAUCACGCACAACAAGUCAACUCUAUUGAAAAUACUAAAGGUCAAAAGUGUCGUUUAAGAAUGUCUCGUAUGAAGCUCUUGAGUGAAGUAAAUACACCAGACAAUUUCAACAUAACAUUUGAUUAUUAUGGCCCAUCGGGUUUACUGAGAUCAAAAUUGGAUUCAGCUGGUAGAGGUUAUGUGUAUACUUAUGAUGACUUUGGGCGAUUAAUUGGAGCAGUUACACCAACAGGAAAACUAAUUCGUUUAGCAUUUGAUCUUAGUGUAAAAGGCGCUUCUGUGAAAAUUUCCAAUGAUGAUAAUCAGCCAUCAACAAUGUUAAUUAAAGGAACUUCUGUAGAAACAAAAUUAGGCGGUUCGGAGAAACAUACAUCUAUCACCAGCGAAGGAGACAUUAUAUCAGAAACAUCAUGGGGUAAUAGAGUGACAAUUGAAUCGGUACCUUAUGCAGUUUUAAUGGAAGCUGAUUCAGUAUUGGCUGAGAGUUAUCCAGUGCCUGGAAAACUGAAAACUGAAAUUGGAUCUGAUCUAGCAAAUAGAUUUGAAUGGAGAUAUUACUUAAGAGGGAAAUCUGGCGGAAAACUUAAGCCCGGUGAAGCCAAAUCUGUUGCACAAGUUGGAAAAAAAUUGCGCAUUAAUGGAGAAAAUAUAGUUUCUUUAGAAUUUGAUAGAGAAAGUAGUACAGUGGGUGCAUUUAUGGAAGAUCAUAUUGAACUUUUAAAUAUUACGUAUGAUGUCACUGGACGACCUGUCAAAUGGGGACCAAGGAGUAAGGUGUACUCUGAAGUUGAACUCACUUAUGAUCGAUUCAGUAGACUUAGCGUAUGGCGGUGGGGUGAUUUAAAAGAAAUAUAUGGUUAUGACAGAGCUGGAAGAUUAGCUGAAAUACGUUAUGCCGAUGGCAAGUCUACUUUGUAUGUUUUUAAAGACAUGUUCAGCAGCUUGCCAUUGAAAGUGACCACGCCCAGGGGAAGUGAUUACUUACUUCAGUACGACGAAUCUGGUGCAUUACAAUCACUAACAACCCCCAGAGGACACAUUCAUGCGUUUUCGAUUCAAACAUCUCUUGGAUUCUACAAAUAUCAAUAUCAUUCACCAAUCAGUCCACAUCCUUAUGAAUUACGAUAUGAUGACAAUGGAAAUAUCCUAGCUAAAAUCUAUCCACACCAAUCAGGCCGUGUAUCCUAUUUGUAUGAUCAACAUGGAAAUAUCGAAAUUAUUAUAGCUGGUUUGAUUUCAAUACAUUAUGCAUACCAGACUAAUACUAAUUUAGUGAAAAACAUUAAUGUAGUAGAACCAGGCUUUGAAUUGAAACACGAAAUCCGAUACCAUCUGGGUAUAAUAAAAGAUGAACGUUACUUAUACAGUGCUAAAUGUGGACUUCACAAUACCCACCUAAAAUAUCAAGUCGAUGGUAAUGCUAGAGUUACGGCUGUUGACGUGACUAUUGGAAACAAAGAGCUAUCUCAGCUUAAAUUGAAGUAUAAUCAAAAUAUGGGUACUUUAGAAAGUAUAAGUGACUUAAGAAUAUACAAAAAUACUUUUAAUAAAUCAGUUAUUCAUGAUACGGCUAAGCAAUAUUUUUCUAUUUCGGAGUAUGAUAACCAUGGAAGACUAAAGUCUGUUGUUAUUAACAUUAAAGCCAAUGAUGUAUACAGAAUGGAAUUAGAAUAUGAUGUGAGAAAUAGAAUUUCUUCUCAAAAGAUUAUUUUGGGCCGUUUAAAAAUUCAAAAUAGCAUGACAUAUAGUGCUGAUGGACAUUUAUUCGAAGUAGCUGGAAGUAGUGAUUGGAAGUAUAUUUACGAUGAAAAUGGUAACAUUAUUGGUGUAAUGGAUCAUGGACAAAAAUUAACUUUAGGAUAUGACGUUGGAGACAGGGUAGUACAGGUUGCUGAUGUUCAAUUGUACAGUUAUGAUGCUCGAGGGUUUGUGUCCAAGAGAGGAGAAACUCAUUUAAACUACAAUGAUAUGGGAUUACUAAGUGAUGCUACGGAAAGUGAUCGCUUUAGUGUUUCAUAUUAUUAUGAUCAUAAGAAGAGGUUAUUAGGUAUUCAUAAUGCAGGCGAAAAUGUGACACAAUUCCUUUAUACCGAUCCACAAAGAUCGAAUUUAAUAACAGCCGUACACUACCCGGGUUCAGGUCGAACUUUACAUUUCCUGUACGAUGAUCAUGAUAUUUUAAUUGCUAUUGACUCACCAGAACAAAGAUAUUUUGUUGCUACUGAUCAAACUGGAUCUCCAGUGGCAAUAUUUGAUGUCUCUGGAAAUUUAGUAAAAGAAAUUCAAAGAACUCCAUUUGGGCAGCUUAGAAAAGAUAGUCAUCCUGACUUUUACGUUCCUGUUGAUUUCCAUGGUGGAAUAUUAGAUCCACAUACACGUCUCAUUUAUUUAGAUCAUAAAUGGUAUGACCCAUCUGUUGGACAAUGGAUUACGCCUGAUUGGGAGCAGCUGUCUUCUAAACUUAGCUAUCCAACAGAUAUAUUCAUUUAUAGAUUUAAGAACAAUGAUCCAAUCAGUUUCAGUAAUGACCAAAACAUCAACUAUAUGACUGAUUUAAAUAGUUGGCUAAAACUUUAUGGUUAUGAUAUCGAAAAAAUGAUUGGUUCAUCAUAUACUAGACGGCAAUUACACCAGCCAAAUGGCAAAGUUUCUUCUCUUCAACUAGCACCAGGAUUUAAUGUGGUGUCCGGACUUCAAUGUAUCGUUGAAAAGGAAAUGUCAUUAUUUAGUGAAUUUGGAUUUAUACCUGAACCCUUAUUGAAAAUGGAGACUCAAACAAGAAAUUUACUUCCUAGAGUUGCUUACCAAAGAUCAAUAUUCGGUGAAGGUGUACUUAUAUCACGAAAUAAUGAAGGUUUGGCUAUCGUAUCUGUCGUAGAUAGUGAUAAUAGUGUUGUACAAGAUGUUGUGACAUCGGUUUUCAAUGGCUCAUUUUUCUUGGAUUUACAUUUUGAACAACACGAUAAAGAUCUUUUCUAUUUUGUUAAGGAUAAUGCACUUAAACAAAAUGAUGAUAUGGAAGAGUUGAAACGGUUAGGUGGAAUGUUUAAUGUUUCUACUCAUGAGACAGCUGACGGAAAAGAAUUGAGGCUUUUAAGUGCUGAGGCACUCAUAUCAAUCCGAUAUGGUACUGAUCAUCAACAAGAACGACAUCGGUUAUUGAAACACGCACAUAAAAGAGCAGUAGAACGAGCAUGGGAGUCAGAAAGAGCUUUAGUAGCUGCUGGAUCAAAAGGAGCUAGAGCAGAAUGGAAUACUGAAGAAAAAGAAGAGCUAAUAAAUCGUGGUCGCGUGGAUGGAUAUGAGGGGCAAGACAUACACGAUGUUACAGGACGUCGACCACAAUUAGCCGAUGAUCCUGGUAAUGUUCGGUUUCAUAAAACUCCAAACCGUCGAAAAAGAAACCACCGCACUCACUAUCGAAAGAAUAAGGACGAAAAAGAAUAAUAAGCAACCCGUGAUAAUUACAUAAUCAUGAAAAUGUAUACUUAUUAAGUUUCUAUAUGCUACAUUUAAUUAAGGACGAAAACGUGAUAAUUCACUCUUAUUUUUAGUGAUUUUUUUCUCUGAACUUUCUUUUCUGUUGAUAAGUAAUAGAUUUUUUUUAAUUGCUCAAUAUCCGUCCAAAAUACACACAAACUUUACUGAAAAUUAUUCAAUUCUUUUUGGGUAGUAAUUUAUUCAAAAUAAUUGAAAAAUGUUUUAUAAGAUAUCUAGUCAUUUAAUCAAAUUUUAAAAUAAACAUUAGGAGUUAUUUGGUUCAAUUUUCGAGAAAUCAAUCAUAUAUAUUUUUAUAUUGGUACACUCAGGGAAACGUACUGGAUCUUUAAAAAAGUCUCUAAAAACUAUUGUAAUAUCAACAUAUUAAAAUGAAAAUACUAUGUUUAUUCUUUAUUUAUGGAAAUUUCUAAAAAUAAAACAAUCAAUUAAUGAUUGGGAAAAAGGAUAACAAUAGUUCUUGGACUUGCUUUUUUAUUUUAAAAAAAAUGUUGUAAAUAUAUUUUACAUAUGUACAUAAUACUAUACAUAUUGUUAUUUUUUGUGCAAUUGUUUAUUUAUUUUAUUUUUUGUUUUAUUAUUAUUUUUAUGAUAUUAUUAUUAUUACUACUUUACUAUGAUAUUUAUUAUACGCCUAAAAUAAUAAUUAUAACGUUACCAUAUAAUAAAGAACAUGUCUGCUACAGUCUUAAGGCUAUGUUAAGUAAUUUAUCACAUAAUGUUAAUUUUAUACAAAGAAAAACUGUUGCGCCUAUUGAUUUAGUGUAUUAUAGGUAGUGACAACGAAUUCUUUGUUUCUAUAAUAAUUAUUAUUUGUGACAAAUACGUAAAUGACGUUUUUUAUGUUUGGUUCAUUUUUAGUAAUUUUUAAUUAUUUGCAUACAGUUAAUAUAAAUUUUAAUAAUUUUAGUACUCGAAACUAUGUAUAGAACCCUAAAAAUCAUGUGAUGUACGUCAUGUAGUGAGAUAACGUAUAUUUAAUUUAAUUGUUACUGAACUGAUACUUAGAAUAAUGUUAAAUCUUCAAAUUCGUAUAAAAAAUAUAACUUAGCCUUAGCCUAUAGUGUCGACUUGUGGAUGUACAUAGUACAUUGACUUUUUUCAUACUGACUUUUUGUACAUAUAUUAUAAUAAUACAAAUAUAUAUAUAUAUAUGUAAUAAUAUACAAGUAAAUUUGUAUACUUUAUGACUAUUCAUGAUUUAGUGUAAAGUAAUAAAUGCGAUAUUAAUUAUUAUUGAAAUAAAAAUUUGAAUUAGUUA